GUUCAAGUGUGGAGGAAUAUGUGUGGGGCUCAGCUGGGCCCAUGUCCUCGGAGAUGCAUUCUCAGCUUCCAGAUUCAUCAACAUCUGGGCCCAUAUGUUGGCUGACCGUCUUCCACCCAAGUUGCUGCACAUACCAAAGCUAGAUCCCAAAGCCCAGAAGCAAAAAGCCCCUUCCACUGCUGUCUCCGAACCCCUCUCCAUAAAACAGAUAGAACCAGUUGGAGACUAUUGGCUAACUGCUAAUAACUGCCAAAUGGAAACAUUCUCUUUCCAGGUCAGUUCUACCCAAUUGACCCACCUGUGCUCAAAGAUACCAAACCAAAAUCAAACUAGCAAAACCCCUCCAUUUGAAUCUCUCUGCGCUGUAAUCUGGCAAUGUUUGGCAAGGGUUAGAGAAAAUCCAGAGCCAAGGAUGGUAACCGUCUGUCGAAAAGGUUACCAUGACAAAGAAGAUUGGAUUUUGAGCAACAGCCAGAUGUUGAGCAUAGUGAAAGCAGACUUCUCUGUUGCAGAUGCCAACCCAUCGGAGUUGGCAACACUAUUGGCUCAACGAUCGGUGGAGGAGAACAGCCGGGGGCUAUCGGACUUCAUCACACUAGGCGUAAACCUGACUUUUGUUAAUCUGGAAGACAUUGAGCUUUUUGGAUUGGAGAUUAAAGGGCAAACCCAUCUAUGCGAAUUAUUCAGUUGGUGGCAUCGGUGAUGAAUCGUUUUGGUGCUUCUAGGCCCAGGAUCAAGCACUGUUGAUGAGGAAUGCACAGGAGGGAGAACGGUGACUGUAACACUACCAAAAAAUCAGGUCUCCCAGCUGAAAAAAAAGAGCUCAAGAAAGAAUGAUGCAUUACUUUCUGCAGUUUGAACUGAGAUGAUAAUGUUGGUUUAAAUAUUCUUAUUGGUACUAGCAAAUGUAUGCACGUGGUAAUUUCAAAUAAUAAUAAUCAAAGCAUGAUGUAUCAGUGGAUUUGUUGCCUUUCAACAUAAAGAUCUGGUUUCAAAUCUGCUUAUUAUAGUUUAUAUCAGUGUUUUUAGUUUGCGGUUGAAUUGGAUAGUCAAGUUGAUUGACCUAUCAUCUAGAUAUAUUUAUAAAUAUGUUUUAAUCCAAACCAUUGACUUAGAGGUAACUUUGUUGGUUGAACUGCUGACCUAUUUGACCAGGCCAAUGGGACAUGGGCAAGUAUUAAUUCUCUUUUUCUUUUUUGUUUUGUAUCUUUAGUCAUUUCCAUCAUUAGUAAUAAUAAUUCUCAUUUUCACACAUUUUUGUUAAACAUGACGAAUAUAUAUUGCUAAAGGCUUGCUCUAAUUUUCUAUAAUUUUUAUAAAAAUUUUCUAUGGUGACUUGCUGGAUUAGGAACGAAAUGCGGUUCCCAUUGAUUUUUAGAACAUUACAUUAGUUUAUUAUCUGUAUUCUGGCAUCUCCCUUCCAUCUAUAUUAUA